CAAAGAUGGCUGCCUCCAGGACGCAGACCUCGAAGAUAGAUCAGUUUUUACAAGAUUUGAAAGGCAAAUAUGCAAAAGCUGUCAGAAACAACCCACAGACCGUUGCACAAGCUGAAUCGGCAUUUCGUAUUUUGUCAUUCCUUGUUGCAGGACGAUUCGAAAAUGGGGACUUAAUAUCAGAAUUGAUUUACUCAGCUUCAAAUCUCCUGGUGUUUUUGAAUGACAAUGUGUUCAAGGCAGCAUCAAAAUAUGGUUUGAGUGCGAGUGCUCUGGUAGAGAAGCUGCGAAGCUGGCUGACAGUUAUAGAAUAUUCGGAGGUGUUCUUGGAGAUGGGGGCUCGCAGGAAAUGGGGCGACAAGGGGGCCUGGAUUGUCAUCACAGCCAUACAGAUAGCCAAAACUGUCAUGCGAUUAUUCCUGUUAUGGAAGUGUAAUGGCGGCAUUGAGACCACACCUCCCAUCCAACCAGUAGACAGAGAAAUACUGAAGACAUCUGAUGAGCAUGAUAAUCUGGAAGAUGCUUGGGAUGAGGAGGAAGCCAACACGGGACAGGAGAAAACCUUCAAAUUGAAGAGCUCGGGCAGAGAAAUACGUACAAUGAAGGCUGCCGGUAAUUCCAAUGUUCGCACCUGGGGGGUUCCCCAAAAUGGUGUGAUUCCUCCGGAGACAAGUGUGCUGUCUACGAAGAGAAAGUUGCUCAACCAGCCAUCCACACGGUUGAUCGGAGUGAGGCGAUGGGCGGAGUGCUUGCAUGUCACCCGGCCAAUGGCACAUUUGUUGAGCAUGUAUAUAUUCGGGCAAGACUCCUGGAAGCCCUGGUUACUGGCUGUAGGCAUGGACAUGACAAGUCAGAAGCUGUUUGGUGAGAACAAGGACCUGAAUAUCCGUGAGAGGGCCGAGGUGAAGAGACGAAACCUCAUGCUGCUCUACUAUCUGAUGAGAUCGCCAUUCUACGACCAGUACACCAAAACCAGGUUGAUGACAGUAUUCAGAUUUAUUGCACAGUAUGUGCCUUUGACGGGAUUGAUCAUGAGGCCCCUGAUGGAGUACCUCCCUGUCUGGCAGAGAAUGUAUUUCUACGUGUGGACCACAUAGCCCCACUCGCUACCCACACCUAAGGUGACCCCUGCUCCCCCCAUCAUCCACCCUGGGACAGAGCUAACUGCUGUGAUAAAUAUUCAUCGUUUGGAGAACCGUAAAUUAGAUGUCCUCCUGACCAACUGCCAUCAAGUUUAAAGUGAUACUUGUAUUUAAAAUCGAUGCAUAAGCAUGUAUAAGAAACAUAAAUUUUGAGUGAUAAACCUUUAACUACUAAAUAAUGCAUUUAUGGAAAAAAAGUUAUAACUGAUAACAAGAUUGUGUAUUGAUUAGCUGAAAACAUGCAAAUAUUAACACAGGUAUUAAAUAUAUUAAAUGACUGGUGGAUCCUUAUAGAUUUACAGUGAUCAACUCUUGUCACAUAAGGUAGAAAUAUCAUGUUUUCUGCACCUAUAUGAAAAAUUCAACACAAUAAAUUAACAACCAUUAAUUCUUUUUCGGUAAAUUUAAACAAAUGUAUUAAUUAUAUUAAUGUAUUAAUUAUAGUACUGCUUAUUUGGGAGUAAGAGUGCAUCUUUAUUCACGUAUCAUACAGAGAUACAAAGAGAUAAUCUAAAUCUUGAAAAAAGUAGUUUUUGGUUUUGACAAUCACCAUGGUAAUUUGUUUUUAUUCAUACAUAUACAUGUAAAUGUCUUGACCUGAAUGGCAACUGUAUACAUGUUCAUCUAUUGCAAUUUCUUUAGUGAUGUGAUUUUUUACAUCGUCAAUUUUAAAGUUGUGAUUAUCAUCGUUUUUGACAUCGCCUUCUUCAUCAUCAUCAUCAUCGCUAUCAACAAAUUUUCUUCUGCUUGCAUUUCACUAAACUUGUUAAGAGUUGUUGUAUUGUUACUGAGCAAUUCAUUUACAUUUCUGAAAAUGUAAACUUCUUUAUUAUGCCCCCCUUCGAAGAAGAGGGGUAUAUUGCUUAGCACAUGUCGGUGGUCGGUCUGUAGGUCGGUCGGUCCGUCAGUAGACCAAAGCUUGUCCGUGUGAUAACUCAACAAUUCCUGGAUGAUGGUCAUCAAACUUGGCAUGAAGGUUGGAUGUAGAUGACCUGUAUUGAUUUUAGGGCUCAUCGGGUCAAAGGUCAAGGUCACAGUGACCUUUAAUGGUAAAAGGAUUUUAAAGCUUGUCCGAGUGAUAACUCAACAAUGCCUAGGCCUUUGGUCAUCAAACUUGAUACAGAAGUUGGGCCUGACCAGUAUAUGACCCCUAUUGUUUUUGGAGGUAAUUGGGCCAAAGUUAAAGGUCACAGUGACCUUGAAUGGUAAAAGGUUGUCCGAGUGAUGACUCGACAAUGCCUACACCCAUGGCCCCCAAACUUGACAUGGAGGAUGGGCCUGACAAGUAGAUGACCCCUAUUGAUUUUAGGGGUCAUUGGGCCGAAGGUCAAGAUUACACCUAUGGAUUAGAGGUCAAAAGUCAUGGUCAUUACAUGCUCUAUCCUCACACUUUGAAUGGUCAUAAUCUUAAAACUGUCAUUUCGGUCCAUGCAAAUUUCAUUCAAUUGUCCAUAUAAUCCUGACAACAUGGUGCUCAG